AUGAGACUGAAGCAAGGAUCCUUUCUGUGGUACCUCUAUCUGGACAAAGUACACUGCUUACUAUCUGUGAGAAAUGUGAGGGCUUUGUUGGAAUAUUUUCACCUCCUAGAUGUUCACGGCAAGAACACCUUGAAUGAUGUGCUGUUCUACCACUUCCUUCAUCAUGCGACUGACUUGAAUAAGACACAGAUCAACCUCGUGUUUGACUUGCUGGACUGGAGUGCUGUGGGCGAGAUCGGUUUUGAGCAGUUCUACGUGCUGGUGUGCAUACUGCUGGCUCACGAGAACCAUUUGGAAGAACAGUUUAUGUAUCGUCAUUCCCGGACUGUCUUUGACCUGCUUGAUCUGAAUGGGGAUCAGAUAAUCAGUCCAAAAAACUUCGGAAUGUAUAGAUUUCUCUUCAAUAUUCAAAAACAGGAACUCAAAGAUCUCUUCUGUGACUUUGACAUUACAGGUGACCAUGUACGUAUAGAUCCAAAAUGUGGCAACUGUGUGGCCAGUCUCUUUCCAUAAGCAGAGAAAAAUGUCCCACUACAUACAGGAGAGAUGAGUGAGGAGGAGGGUGGGAAAAACCUACUCAAAUAAGCAUAUUGCAUGGCAGUAGGAUCAGAAAAAAUCUUAAGAGACUUAUGCGCCCUUGAAGAGAAAGGGUAGACUAACUAAAUGCUAUAUCAUGGACAGGCGGGAGGGCUCAUGCCUGUAAUGCCAGACUCAUGCUUGUAACUCCCAGCUCCUCGGGAGGCUGAGGCAGGAGGAUGGCUUGAGCUGAGGAGUUCCAGGCCAGCCUGGGCAACAUAUUGAGACCUUGUCUCAAAAAAAACAAUUCCUAAGAGAAAGCUAUGGUGAAGAUGUGAAUUCUGCCUAUCUAAAGAGGAAAUCCACAUUGGGGAAGCAAGUGGCAACUGAGGUUGAAAAUGAUGAUCACACUGUGAACAACCUUAGAUGCCCGCCGGAAGCCUCUAGACUUGACAUGGUAAUAGUUGGUGCAAAUUGAAAAUAAUGGCAAAAGCCUCAAUUACUUUUCCACCAAACUUAUGGAAGAAAGUGCCAGGAAUCAUG